AUCCGGACAAGUUGGGGCCUCCGCCAACCCGGGUUCCAAAGGCAUUAUCAGGGGUCCUGUGAUAGCCAUGAUUGCGCGAUUUGAGCCCUUUGUAUAAGAGCAAGCCUUUGUUGUGAAACAAGGACCCACACUAUCGAUUUACCAUCAACCAGCCUUUCAUCUGUAUUCUUAUCUAUUUGUAUAACAUGGCAAGUGAGGUCGAACACAAAUAUCAGCUCAAUGUUAAGGUCUGUUGCGGCUAGAUCCGUUUGCCAGUCUGAUAUGAACCGCUGAUUUCAUAGAUGACUUGCGGAGGUUGUUCUGGAGCUGUCACUCGUGUACUGACUAAGGCGCAGCAGGAAGGAUCGGUUUCGAGUUUUGAUGUAAGCUUGGAGACCCAGCUGGUGAACGUUACAGGUCCUAUUGAAGAAGAGGCCCUGGUGGAGAAGAUCCGGAAGACGGGCAAGCAGGUGAGGCUCAGAUCUUUAUUUUCUGGAUGAAUGAGAUGGCUUAUGGAGUGGUAUGACUUCUAGAUUAUCUCGGUCACGUCUCAG